AGAAAGGAAGAAGUGAAAAUAAAACUAAAAAUUUUCUGAAAGAACAGCAGCUGCUGUAGAGGUGGUGGUGAUACUCUAUUCUUCAUCAAUGGCACUGGCUACCAGGAGAUUCUUCAACACUAUUUGCAGGGGAACAAGGAGCUUUGGUGCUCUCCCUGAAGGCAUCCCUUCCUCUUCUCAACACCUCAUCAACUUGGAAUAUGAAUACAGUGCUCACAAUUACCACCCAAUUCCCAUUGUGUUCUCUCAAGCAAAGGGAUCAACUAUAUGGGAUCCAGAAGGCAAAAAAUAUCUGGAUUUCCUUUCUGCUUACUCUGCGGUUAAUCAGGGACACUGUCAUCCAAAGGUCUUGAAAGCAUUAGUGGAACAGGCAGAAAGGCUCACUCUCAGCUCUAGAGCCUUCUAUAAUGAUAGAUUUCCAAUAUUCGCAGAGCGCUUAAAGAAUAUGUUUGGCUAUGAUAUGGUGCUACCAAUGAAUACUGGUGCUGAAGGCGUGGAAACAGCUCUGAAGUUAGCUAGGAAAUGGGGUUAUGAGAAGAAAAAAAUUCCCAAAGACCAGGCCAUUAUCGUCUCUUGUUGCGGUUGCUUCCAUGGUCGUACAUUGGCUGUUAUUUCUAUGAGCUGUGAUAAUGAGGCUACACGAGGUUUUGGGCCCUUGUUGCCAGGUCAUCUUAAAGUUGAUUUUGGUGAUGAAGUUGCCCUUGAGAAAAUCUUUGAAGAAAAUGGAGAUCGGAUAGCUGGAUUUCUAUUUGAGCCUAUUCAAGGAGAGGCUGGGGUUAUAAUUCCUCCAGAUGGUUAUUUAAAAGCUGUCAGAGAACUGUGCUCAAAAUUUAAUAUUCUAAUGAUUGCUGAUGAAAUACAAAGUGGCUUAGGUCGGUCAGGAAGAAUGCUGGCGUGUGAUUGGGCAGAAGUUCGUCCUGAUGUUGUUAUACUUGGAAAAGCUUUGGGUGGAGGAGUGAUAGCGGUUAGUGCAGUGCUUGCAGACAAAGAUGUAAUGCUCUCUAUUCAGCCAGGAGAGCAUGGAAGCACAUUUGGAGGAAAUCCUUUGGCGAGUGCAGUUGCUGUUGCCUCACUCGAUGUGAUCACAGAAGAGGGGCUUUCAGAGAGAUCCGACCAAAUGGGACAGGAGCUUAGGAAUCAGCUAAUGAAGAUUCAUCAGCUAUUCCCUAACCUCAUAAAGGAAGUGCGAGGAAAAGGUCUGUUCAAUGCUGUGGAGCUCAACAGCAAGGUCUUGUUCCCUGUCUCUGCUUAUGAUAUUUGUUUAAAGUUGAAAGAGAGAGGAGUUCUUGCUAAGCCCACACAUGAUACUAUCAUCCGAUUAACUCCUCCCCUUUCCAUAAGUUUGGAUGAGCUACAAGAAGGCUCAAAUGCUCUUCGUGAUGUCAUGGAAUUUGAUGUACCAAAGAUGCAGAAGGCAAAGCACAAGAGAGUCCCCCAAACAACCACUAACAUAUGUGAUCGUUGUGGUCGAAAUAUGGAUGAUUCUUAGAUAAAUAUCUCUGAAAUAAAUGCAUGUUGCUUUUUCACAUGCAGAUUUCUACCUUCUAGAUGUCUACAUCUUGUACAUGGGUUCUUUAAAACUAUAUUUCCUUUUCUGUUCCAAUAAUUCUGGUCUAUCUGAAGUAAACUGUGGCGCUGAAUUCCCUAAUCACAAUCUGUAAGAUACUUCUCCAUGGAUUCCUGUUCCUUGUCGAAUCGGGUGUCAUCUGUGGCUGAAGUCACCAGCCCAAAAAACAGCAACAAAUUAAUAACAAUGUAUAAUUAGCAAAU